AUGGCUAGAACCAAACAAACCGCAAGAAAAUCUACUGGUGGAAAGGCCCCAAGAAAGCAGCUUGCUUCUAAGGCCGCCAGAAAGUCCGCCCCAGCUACUGGUGGUGUCAAGAAGCCACACAGAUAUAAGCCAGGUACUGUUGCCCUGAGAGAAAUCAGAAGAUUCCAAAAAUCUACUGAAUUGCUUAUCAGAAAGUUGCCAUUCCAAAGAUUGGUCAGAGAAAUUGCACAGGACUUCAAGACCGACUUGAGAUUCCAGUCCUCUGCUAUCGGUGCUCUGCAGGAGUCCGUUGAGGCUUACCUCGUUUCCCUCUUUGAGGACACCAACUUGUGUGCUAUUCACGCUAAGAGAGUUACCAUCCAAAAGAAGGAUAUUCAACUUGCUAGAAGAUUGAGAGGUGAGAGAUCGUAA